AUGAGUGGUAGACUGAGGACUGUGGUGGCGCAAUGGAAGAGCAUAGCAAAGGAAGCAGUGGAUCGAACGCUGAUAGUUGCUAAAUUCCUCUGCUUCUUGCACGUCACUAACACCUACGUCUGCACCCCUUGCCUCGUGCACGGCCCUAGUAUGCUUCCCACUUUGAACAUCACGGGCGAUGUGAUUUUGGUGGAACGAAUAUCGACUCGUUUAGAAAAGGUGGCUCCUGGAGACAUUGUUCUCGUCCGCUCCCCUGAAAACCCUAGAAAGCUUGUUACAAAGCGGGUCUUGGGUAUGGAAGGCGAUCGUGUCACCUUCGUCGUCGACCCCAAGAUCAGUGAUAGAUACGAAAGCGUCAUUGUGCCUAAGGGGCAUGUUUGGGUUCAGGGGGAUAACAUAUAUGCCUCGCAUGAUUCACGGCAAUUUGGGCCUGUUCCUUACGGUCUGCUCCUAGGCAAAGCGUUUUACAGGAUUUGGCCACCUGAUGGUUUUGGAUCAUUGGGACAAGGAGAGUAGCAGUUAUUAUUCAUUGAAGGACCAAAUGUGCCAGAUGCAUUUGGAUGAAACAGAAGUUUAAUCUGCAGGAAGAUAUCUUCUUUUGCUGAUUUUCAAACCCCAGCAGGUGGAAGAAACAAGAGUUAUUGAGUGUACAAUACCAAUGCCUACAAAGAAAAAUCUUUGGAAAUUCUCUUUGUUUCACACUUCUUAGAUCCUACUCCUGAAAUAGAGUCAAUACUCCAGUGGUUGCAGAUUUACUAUGGUUCGACUUCAUAUACAAUUCAAUUCUUAAAAUUAAGACUCCCAGAAUCCUCCGGACAAUUAUUCUUGACUUUGAUGUUGUAACUAAAAUUUUGCAAUUUUUGAAGAUUCUUCUCCUAUUGUCAUUUUGUUGCUCGGAAUUUUUGCACUAUAGGGAAAACUUGUUUAAACAGUUCUCACAUGAAUAAAUUGCUUUUGUUGAAGAUGAAUUGAAAGGUUACUUGGUG